AAAAAAUAUAGGGACGCAAAAUAGACUUAUAUAAUCGUAUAAGGCAAGGCCCAAGACAAGAGGCAUACAAAAUAGACUUAUUUUCCAGCCAUUCAAACACAGCCGCAGAGUUGAGGAACCAAAAAUAUACUUUUUCUACGAGCAAGCACAAUAGGCCUUCGUGUCUUCGGGCCAGCCUGGCAUGGCCCGAGUAGUAUUGGGCCGUGCCUGGGCUGUGUAUGCUGCCUGUGAGCUGGCACGGCACGGCCCGGGCCGUGCCAGCCCGACAAACCUCAGCCUAGGCACGGCUAGGCUUGGGCCAUGCCGUGCCGGGCGGCCCAGAUGACCAUCUAUACCUCUCCCGAGCAACCGACGGGGAGGAUAUUCCCUAAAAACGGCAAAGCUGGCUGAUAGUGAUCGCUGAUCGGCGAUUGCCAAUUAAUCGAAGGAAUACCGUGCCCGUGCGAACUGACUCCGGCUCGGACUAGAGUUUUGUUGCGUGUCCCAUUCAAAUUCGGACUCAUCCUUGCUCCUUGGGUACUCAUUUAACUGGAGGGCACCGAUCUCCUGGAUCUGCUGUACACUUCACCAGAAUCGAUCAAACAAAACAAACAGGAGUGAGUUGAGUAAUCAUUAACCAACCAAGGAGGCAAGGAGGGAGGAAGACAUGGAUGGCACGAGGAGCGCCAAGAGGAUGAAGCGUUUCUCGGGGGCUUGCCCUUGUCCACUGCCCGACGACAUCGUCGACGAGAUCCUCUCCCACCUGCCCGUCAAAUCGCUCCUCCGAUUCCGAUGCGUCUCGCGGCGGUUCCACGCCACCAUCACCUCGUCACACCUGUUCCAGGAAGCCCAUUUCCUCCAGCGAAAGCAGCGGAACAAACACCCACCACGGCUGUUCAUCAGGCCGCCGUUCGGUCCUCGACAACCUUUCUUCGCCUGGCAAUGGCAGUGGCAGCAUCUGAUCCCCAGGCCCCCGGUAGAGGAGAUCAUGACCGCUAGACAUCUGCCACAUGGCACGAUCUUUCCGCUCGCCAGCAAGUCCUGCCAUGGCCUCGUCCUCCUCAAGAUCACCGGCCACCACACGCACUACCUCUGGAACCCUUCCACCCGCCACAUCCUGCGUCUCCCGGGCACGGACAACACGCCGCCGCCGGCGACCUACGGCUUGGGCUACUGCUCGGCCACGCGGCGGCACAAGGUGGUGCGCGUGGUGGGUUGCCGCUGCUGCUCGCCGGCGACCGUCGUCUGGGAGGUCUUGGCUCUCGACGGCGACGAGCCGUCGCCGUCGAGCAGCUGGAGGCCGCCCGCCGCCGCGUCCACGACGCCGCCGCCGCGGCAUUGGCAUUACCCGCGAGAGAAUUGGCGACGAGGAGCCGCGCUCUGCAACGGCGGCGACCUGCACUUCCUCCGAGGAGACGGCGACAUCGUCACAUUCAACGUGACCGACGAAUCUUUCGGCGUGUCGUCGUUGAAGCCUCCUCCUGAGCUGCAAUCUCGCGACGACUUUGAGCUGACAGAGUUGGAUGGCUGUCUGUGUGUGUAUACUUUCACAGACGUAAAGUUGCAGCUCGUGGACGAGGAGCCGGAGAGUCCUACGUGCGAAAUAUGGGUGACGAGAGAAGCUGCAGCUGGAAGCUGGGAGAAGCUGUGUUCCAUCGAAUGGGUGAGCGUGUUGCCGCCUGACCAUUCGUGUCUAAGGUGGUAUUGGAUCGCCCCGAUUCAUAUGUUUAGUGAUGGCAACAACGAAGAAAAGAAGAAGAAAAAGAUCAUGUUUGCCACAGGUACAGGCCAUGUGUUGGUCUUCGACCCUAGCGUCGGGACCCUGGAGAUUAUCUUCUCGCCGGAGGACGAAGCCGUCGGCGAAUAUCACGAUUACAGCAAUAACGAAGUCUCUACUUUGGGUUUGUUUGAGGAGAGCCUCGCGUUGGUGGGCAACACAAGUGAAAACAUCGUCUUCUCGCAACCAUAGGUGCAAGUUGAUCUGGCCGGGCUUGUUGUUCCAACAUCCCUUGCUUAUUUGGUUAAAAAAAAUGAAAUCAAUUGCCUCACCUGCCAUUGAUAGUCAGUCUCCAGUAUGUUAUCAGUUUUAUUCGUAGAUCGAAUUU